AUGAAACGCGCGUUAGUCUUUUCUGGCCAGGGAGCCCAUCGCCAGGGAAUGUCUAUGGAAUACCUGCGCGUUCCCGCGGUUGCUCGACUCUGGGAACGGAUGAAGGACCAGAUGAUGCAGAAAUAUGGCAUUUCUCUACAGGAGGUCAUGACAGUGAACCCACAAAAGAUACACGUGCGCGAUGACGCACUGGACGUAAGUGUAAUUUGCAAAAGAGGUUCUUUGGAAGAUCGAAACGUAGCUGAGUCAGUUCCGCGGAAAAAGUUUUUGUCAUCCCAAGAAGGGGUCAUGUCGCUGACGUUUUUAACACAACCAUGCAUGUUGGCAGCGCAUAUGUUAGCACUGGAGUAUCUCCGUUCGACACGGGGGUAUUCGGUCGAAUCUGCCUUUGUCAUUGCUGGUCACAGUCUUGGCGAGUUUUCAGCCCUGUGUGCAUUAGGUGUUUUUUCACCUGAAGUCGCGGUUGAUCUUGUAUACAAGCGUGGAGUCUUAAUGGAUUACGCUCUUGAGCAGUUUUCAGCUAAUCGUGAUGAUUACGUCAUGUACGCCUGUCAUCCCGGAAGGGCGAAGCUCUGCGAAGAGGACUUGGAUGUUGCGGUCGAUCAGUUUCACAUACUUGUGGAGCUCGUGGCUCGAGCUCUUUCCGCUACAACCUCAUUCGUGGAGGUUGUAAAUUAUAACAUUGAUCACGAACAGUAUGUUGUUGCGGGAGAUCGAGUGGGGCUGUCCGCUCUGGGGAAAUGUCUGGAUCCGCAGUUUCGAGCGAGUAUUUGUGGCCCAUCCUCUUCUUUGGAUCACAUUGCACGCACAGCCGUGUCGUCCGUCUGGCAGGAUAAAAAGGAUGGUGUCACGAUGCACCCCAAUAAGGGGCCUUUACCGGAUUUCGUAACGUCAUCCGUGAAAAAAUACGGUGUACGCUCGACGUUUCGUCGCUUUUUGCGGGGUCCAGACGAUGGGUACACGCCAUCACUGGAGGAACUAACGCAUCUGACCCUUCAGGAGGAUGGACGAAGUGGGCUAAAAAAAAAGUCAUGGUUUGUUCCUCUUCCUGUAAAUGUCCCGUUUCACAGCAGCCGGCUUCGCCGGGCGAUGGAUCUUUUCUUGCCUGUAGUUCAAGAUGCGAUGCCGGAGGAAGAUGUGCUGCGCUCCAUGCUGGGUGUGGCUGCAAAGCCCCUCGAGGAGUCCAAUUCAGCUUCUGCACCUUCAGCCAUAGAGAAGCGUCCUGUGUGGCUGACGAACCUCACAGGCAGUGCAUUUCGACCCUUGGAUCCCGAAUUUCAGCGCCAGGCGCUGGAGAUGAUGCAGUCAAUGAAUGUGGGCGAGGUUCGGCACCACGGCCGGUACCAAACGGACUUGGUGGAAAAAGCCUUUAACGACGGUGUGAAGCAUAACAGUGUACGUGAGAUGUGUGCGGCCGUUCUUGCCGCUCAGUUGGCGCAUCCUGUGCAGUGGAUUGACCUUAUGGAUGCUGCCGUCAUUCACGCAGGUAUUCGCGAGGUACACGAGAUUUCACCUGUGCGAACGACCGCCGAUAUGUUUAGGCGUACAGCGUUUUGCGAGGCUGGUGAGGCGGGAGUUGCACUGGAGAUGGUUAUCCGCUGCCUUCCCGCAGAGGAGCGAUUUUUGUAA